AUGGAAGCUUGCCGAGACAUUUCAAAAUACAAAGCACAAGGACCGGCAUUUGCGGACGGAUCGAUAAAUUGGGAAUGUCCCUGUAUGGGCGGAGGAACGCUUGUUGCACAUCGAUGUGGUCAUCAUUUUAGAAAACUGUACAAAUGCAUGAAAGCGAGUGAUGAAAACGAUGCAAUGGUGAAAUGUCCUGAGCAAUUCAUCGAUUGGGCCACUUGUAUGCAAAAUUUGAAUGAAAAGGCACGAGAAGCGAUGAAAAGAAAUUUACUCGAAGAGAAUCGACAAAAAACACCUUCCAAA